AUUUGUUUAUGGCAGCCACACAAUUUAAUUCUACUGGUGGCCAGCAAGACGAUUGGAGCUCUCAAGUUUCACCUCAAUCGCUCUCGGAUGACGAGAAAAGGUGUGAAAGUGUAACGGGGCAACAAGGAGAGCACACAGCGCAACUCUAAGCGUAUCAGGACAGCAGACACAGUCUGAGGAAGUGUCCACGAAAGCCCGGGAUAAAGUGAAGUGUGGGAAAUUGAAGGAUUUUCUCCCGCAGUGUGUAAAAUAAUAUGCUUAUCGCGUUGAAAGUCUCCUUGGCAUAACAGACUUCUCUCAGCGGUUCAUGUGAUAUUGCAGGCUUGCAAGGAACGUGUUGUGAUUGACUGCGAAAAUCUCAAUCAGAUCAGAGCGAUUUCAGUUGAACUGAAAAAGGGGGAAGAACGAGACUGUUAUUAUGCAUAGAUCCAAUGGAGCGAGGAGUAAUGGCAAGUGCUACCAAGAGAUACCAAUGGAUGUUGCCGAUGAGAUAGCCGUAACCGGUGACUCGACGUGUUCAUCGUCUUCAUCAGAGGAUGUGGCUCUGAUCAAAGAAGACUCCGGCGAUAUGACAUUCCGCAUAGCAAAGUAUUCCAAAGAAGUGCUAAAGAUGAUGUUCAUGAUGAGAUCUCACCAUAUGCUCACGGACGUGAUGCUGGAGGUGGGCAAGGAGAUCUUUCAUGCGCACAAAGUCGUAUUAUCAGCUGCUAGUCCCUACUUUAAGGCCAUGUUCACGGGUGGUUUGAAGGAGACUGAGAUGUCGCGCGUUAAAUUGCAAGGAAUUUGCCCCACUGCAAUGGGUCAAAUGAUGUUCUUCAUGUACACGGGACAUAUUCGUGUCACGGAAGUCACGGUGUGCCAAUUACUGCCAGCGGCCACGAUGUUCCAAGUGGCCCACGUCAUCGAUGCCUGUUGUGCCUUCCUGGAGAGUCAGCUCGAUCCCACGAAUGCCAUUGGAAUAUCGAACUUCGCCGAGCAGCACAGCUGCGACAGUCUCAAGCAGAAGGCAAUACAAUUCAUCGAGAGGCAUUUUACUCAGAUUUGCCAAGAGGAGGAGUUCCUGCAGUUGUCAGCCAUUCAGCUAGUUAGCCUGAUUCGGAAGGACGAGCUGAACGUCCAGGGCGAGAGGGAGGUGUACAAUGCCGUGCUGAAGUGGGUGAAAUACGACGAGGACAACAGAUAUCCCAAAAUGGAGCAUAUCUUGUACGCCGUGCGCUGCCAAUAUCUCACGCCGAGCUUCCUCAAGGAGCAGAUGAAGAACUGCGACGUGUUGCGCAAGGUGCCGGCGUGCAGGGAAUACUUGGCGCGCAUUUUCAAGGAUCUGACGCUGCACAAGAAGCCCGUGGUUAAGGAGCGACGACCCAACACGACGCGGAUGAUCUUCGUGGCCGGCGGCUACUUCAGGGGCUCCCUGGAUGUGGUGGAGGCGUUCAAUGUCGACGACAAGACGUGGACCACGCUGCCUCAGCUCAGGGUGCCUCGCUCAGGCCUGGGAGCAGCCUUCCUCAAGGGAACAUUCUACGCCGUGGGCGGUCGCAACAACACUCCUGGCUCUUCCUACGACUCGGACUGGGUGGAUCGAUAUAAUCCCGUGACAGAACAGUGGAGGCCCUGCUCUCCGAUGACUGUCCCUCGACAUCGUGUCGGAGUUGCUGUGAUGGAUGAGCUUCUCUACGCUGUCGGCGGGUCAGCCGGUUCAGAAUAUCACAACACAGUUGAAUACUUCGAUCCAGAGGACGAUCGAUGGUACAUGGUCCAACCGAUGCAUUCUAAGCGUCUUGGAGUCGGUGUGGCUGUUGUGAAUCGAUUGCUUUAUGCUAUUGGUGGAUUCGAUGGCGAGAAUCGCUUGGCGACUGUUGAGUGUUAUCAUCCAGAGAAUAAUGCUUGGACAUGUUUGCCUUCUAUGAGAAUUGGUCGAAGUGGAGCAGGUGUUGCUGCCCUCAAUCAGUACAUCUAUGUAGUGGGAGGAUUCGAUGGGCAAGCGCAACUGUCCUCUGUGGAGCGCUUCGACACUGAGCAGCAGAUCUGGGAGAUGGUGGCUGAGAUACGGAUCGCUCGAAGCGCUCUUUCGCUCACGGUUCUGGAUGGGAAACUGUACGCCAUGGGUGGAUUUGACGGGCAGCAGUUCCUGGCUAUCGUGGAAGUGUAUGAUCCAGUGAGGAAUACAUGGGAAGAGGGCACACCCUUGACAUCUGGGCGAUCGGGACACGCUUCGGCAGUGAUUUAUCAGCCUUGCGGCAUGAAUGCUCUUGCCGAAGGAGUGGAAACGUGCGCCAGUCGGGACAAUGAUAGCGAAAUGAGGCACGAAGCUUCGCAGUCUGCGCCGGAAAAUGGUCCGUCGCCCCAAUGCAGUAGCGGCGGUGCGAAGGACUUGUGCGGCGGAGGCGGAAGCAAUCGGGAUGAUGAGACGUGUCCUGAGCAGGAGCCGCAGGCGAGGAGAAAAUCUCGAGUGAUCAACUACACGAAACGCGAUUGUAAUCUCAUAAAGAGCAUGUGGGCAAACCUGAACCAGGGAGCUGACGAGAGGAGAAAGAGCCUCUCGGAGGCGGUGUGUGAUGACCAAAGCGACAGUGAAGAUGAUGAUGAUGAGGAGGAGGGCGAGUGCUCGCGACAAGUCCCGCCGACGGAGCGAGACAAUCCCUUUGUAUUCAGUGCCACAUCCUCGAAAGCCGCAGAGACUAAUGCACCGGGCAGAGGAGCUGCUGGGACGCCUCCGGAGAAGAUAGACAACCCAAAGAAGUGCCGGAGAAAAUGUGCAACGUCCCUGCAGCAGCACUUCUACAUCAAUUACCGGCUGAGAGUCAUGAGAGCGUACUAUGACAUGGUGAAGAGGAACAUCAACAGUAUUGUGAGACUGUCCAGUCGCAACAUCAAUAGUCUGCGGCUCAAGAGCGGUCGCUGUCGCGUGCUGGCAGAGAGGAGGCGUCUUCAGCAGGAGAACCAGAAUCAGACCACGAGGUAGCACAAGCUGAACGGAUCGUCGUGUACAUAGUCCCCCCUUCCCCGCUAAUUACACACAAAAGAAACGUAAUUUAUUUGAGAGUGCGAGCAAAUGAAAUCAGGAGAAUUGA